CUCAGCCUGCCUUCUACAAGAUUGAUCCCAACAGGCACACUUGCCCUGGGUGAAGAGUCCCCCUGAAAGGUUAAAAUUCCUGCAACAGCUACAGGUAGGCAUAAAGAGAUAAGGCAGCAGAUAACAGGGAACUUCAUGGCAUUUCCUGCAGCCACCCUCCCGCAGGAGCUGGCUUUGGUCCAUUUAAAGUAUUUUAUCCUACCCACAUGUAGUUCAGAAAGAAGCAACUUGCGACUUGUACUACCCAGCACCUAAACAGGGGAGUUUAGUUUCACAUAUACAAAUAACAAAAAUAGCUAAAAUACAGAGAUAAAUAUACAUCAUACAAAAUCCAGAAAAAAAAUCAAACCACUUUAAAAUAUUAAUAUAUGGAAGUGUAUCGCAUAUAUAAAGUAUGUGCGUAUAUGGGCAGGUAUGCAUGUAUAAUUUCCAGGAGGUUUUGUGCGGCUGGAUCUGGCAGGCUCCGAGGAAAGCCGGGCCGGGGGGCUCCAGCCCCGGCCAGGACCCCGCGGGGCAGGUGAGCCGGCGCUGAGCGGGGGAGCAGCCCGGCCCUCAAGGAGUUACGGAGCACGAUUACUUCAUGUUCCCACCGGCCGCUUUCGGCCGCCCCCCCGGCCCGUUUCACAAUCCCAGCUCUCGAGCAGCUCUGUCAAGCCGGGCGCGCUCCGAGAGCACACACCCCCCGUGUGUGUGCUUCAUGCCGGAUUUUCCCAAGGCCAUGAAUAAUCUCAAAGCCCCCUCAAUAAAUACACGUUCAGGGAUGCCCGGAGCUCAUUCAACCCGCCAGCCUCGCCGACGAGAAGGGGCCGGGGCCGGAGCCGAGAAGAAGCCGCACCAUGAAGUUUCCCCGGGACUGUGGCUGCGACCGUGCCCGCGCCGGCCGCCGCCGGCCGCCCGCCCUCCGCGCCGCGCUGCUGCCGCCGCCGCUGCUGCUGCUGCUGCUGGUGCCGCGGGCCGCCGCCGCCCCGCUGCCCAACGCAGACUCCUCCGGGGAGGCCGAGCUGGACGAGGCGGCGGCGCGGCGGGCGGCGCUGCCCGACAGCCUGAGGCUGGCCCGGCUGCUGCACGCCCGGGCGGCAGAGCUGCAGGACGAGAUGUGCGAGAAGUUUACCGUCUGCCAGAACAGCAUGGAAAUGCUCCUCCACAACAACCUCAACCUGCCCAAGGUGACGGAGGAAGAUGGGUGUCUGCUCGCCGGCUUUAAUGAGGAUAAAUGCUUGAGAAAAAUCUCCAGCGGGCUUUAUACAUUUCACACAUACCUCAAAUACAUACAAGAAACUUUUAUUAGUGAAAACCAAAAUGUUGAAUCGCUAUCCUCUAGUACAGAGCACCUGGCACGUACCAUAAGACAGAUGGUGAUCAAUCCCGAAGAAGUGAUCAUCCCAGAUGCAGCUACCCAAGAAUCCCUCCACACACAGCUGAAGUCCACUACGGACUGGACAGAGAAAAUCACCAUCCAUCUCAUCCUCCGAGAUUUUACUUCAUUUAUGGAGAAGACAGUGAGGGCUGUGCGCUAUUUGAAAAACACCAGGAGUUUCAGUGUUUGAAUGUUUUAGUUCAGGCACAAUCCUUCUGUUACAAAUCUGUCAGGUGGCAGAUAACAGUGUUGUUCUGUUUUAAGAACUAGAAUUAGUAACAAUGGUUGGCGUCUAUAUACAUUCCCAUUUCCUUUUAGGAACUUAUUUAUUGUAUUUAAGAUAUUUAUUAGUUUUUAAUAUUUCUUAUUUAUAUUUUCAAUAUUUAGAAAUAAUUUAAACAAAUUAUGUAUUUUAUUUCCUUUCUAAUGGUACUAUUCAGAUAUAAACUUAUUUAAUAUGUAUUCAAAAAAAAACCUUUUCAGAACCCAGAAAAACUUUUGUAUAACUUAUGUUUUUAUAUAUUUGAGAAAUGGUAUUUAUGACUUUUUUAUAUUUUUAAGACAAAUAAAAGCCAAUUUUUAAAAAAAAGCUUGUAUAACCCCUGUGAACUUUAAAUAAGACUAAAGCACUCUAAUAUAUCCAGGUUUUAAUACCUGCAAUUAUCAGAACAACCACUUUUGAGAACUUCUCUGUAUGAUUAGGCCAGUUCUCUACAUAGCACAUAUGUACAGAAGUAGACAACUUGAUUACCAUAUAAUUCUUAAAAUGGGAUAUGAAGGAACUAGAUGCACUGAAAAGGGCACUUAAGAAUGAACAAGAUAAUCCAUCCAUGCUCCUGGGAAACAAAUGGACAAGUGCCUUGUAUUUAAUAAGGAACACCCAAUAAAAUUGUUUGUAAGGAUCUUCUUACAAGUCAAAUAAUCUCUUAAAUAAAUAAAGUGGUGAGACAACCACAUUAACCACUUUGACAUGAAUACUAGCCUCUGAUUAGUUUUAUUGCUGUCAUCCAGGGGAAUUUUCCAAGUUUGGUUAAAGAGUUCUGGCUCCUACUGCAAGAAGUAGAAAAAAAGAAAUUUAGGUUAUUUCCUUAAGCAAUAUAAAUCAACACAUUGCUGCUGAGCAAUGCAGCAACAUGCAUUUGUCUUUUAUAUUUCACUAGUACGGACAAGCCACAUACUGUGAAUGCAUUUUCUUGAAGGCUUGUGUGAAAAAAAAGAAAAAACCAAAACAGAUCAGGACUUAAGCCUGAGUACCAAGCCACUAAAACUUUCCUUGGCUGCAUCAUCUGCAGCACUGUAGCUGUGCAGGUACUUCAUAUACCCAAACUGAGAGGAAUUCACAGACCACACAGGGGAUGCAGGCAGCAGAAGUCCCUCAAGCUUCGUCCCUAAAAAUGGCAGAUUAUUAAUUACCAUCACUUCUCCUUCUGGCACAGUGGUGAAGAUGUGGAGAUGAAAGGCAUGCCUUGGAAUGUGGAUAAGGAUGUCAGCAAACUCUCCUCUUCCUCUGAGUGAUCUGAUUGUCCACAUAUGCAUUCCACCACUGGGGAUGCCAAAACAGUGACCAGUUCACCCACUGCUCACAUCUCAGAUGCUCAAAACAAAACAAACCACUGCUUUGCCCAAUAUGGUAAAACUGUCAUCUCAAGUUGAGCAACAUCUGGAGAAGGAAUGAGAUCUCAAGGAGAUCUUGAAAGAUGUCUGUGGUGAAUGGGUUUUCUAACAGCGUGUAAGAUCCUUCUUUAACUGUCCUGGCACACGCUCAGGAAACAUAGGAAAGCCUGGCUUACCCUUUUCACUGCUUAUAUUCACAGGAAUUUUCUUUUAGUGACCAUUUGUUCAGGGAACUUUCUGGCCUUUAUUAUGCCAAUAAUAGCUAAAAGACUCAAAGUGGAUCCCACACUGGACCUAAUUACUAUGUGAGAACAGAAAGGGAAAAAAAAAGAAAAAAAAAACUGACCAAAAGGAAAGGCAUCUCCUGGUUUCACUUCUCCCAGUAGAGUGGCUGCCUGAGAUCACCAUUAGUUACUAUGUACACUGCAUCUAAACAAACUCACACUGAUCUCCUGAAACAUCAAAAAUCAUAUAAGAAUUGGAGGACUGAAAUCCCUUGCAACUGACAGACAAGCACCAACACUUCCAACCACACCCUGCAGCUGAUGGCUACCCCAGGCUGUCUGCAAUCCUAGUAAAUUUGUAAAUGCUGCCACCUUUUAGGGUGCAGAAGAUGAGCAAAAUUACCACGUGUUGGGUGGGGUAGAAGAACUUUCAAGUCCUUCCUGGAGCAAAGUGUUAUCCCUGAUGGUGUCACUGAGCCGCCAUUAUUUCAUCUGUGGCUCCUCCACAGUUCUCAGGGUCCUUCAAUGCAGCAGCUGCCUUCCUGUCAGAGUGGCCACUUCAGGGACUGCUCCCAGGAUCAGCACCGUUUGCUGAAACCAACACUCACUGGUGCUUCUGACACACAAAUAUUUGCAGUAGGGAACUGAGAUGAAAUCAGAGAAGACCUAAACACUGUUGAGCAUGUUACAGGGCCUCUCAAAUGAACCAAUUUAUCAUUCUUUUUCCAGUUUGCUGUGUAGAAACUAUUUUACGUUAGUAAAACACACAAAGGCAUUUAUUUUAGUUGGCAGACCAGCAGAAACACGUAAAAAACCUAGAACAAUAGUAAAAAGUGAGCAGUCCUAACUACACUCAGGAACAAUGCCUCAACACUUGUAUUGAAGAGAGCUCUUCCUAACUGACAGCCAACUCACUGAGCGAAGAAAACUCAAAAAAACAAAACAACAAAAAAGAACCCCACUAACACAAUCCAAAUAAAAAAAGACCUGGUAAUAAUGACAAAAAAAAAAAAAUACAAAAUUACCCACCAAAGCAGCAUUUUGGCUGCUUCUGUAGAGGACCAGCCUCACACUGCACAUCCCAGCUAGCCUUUCCCCACAUUUCCAUUCAUCCUUAGUCGUUAACCUCACACUGAGAUUCUGGAAUGCUUCACAGAUUACCAGCUCCCUUCAUCCUGAUUUUAUAUUUCCAAAGAAGGAAAAAGGUAAAGCUAUGUUGAAAAGCAUGCAUACAUUAUACAGUAUGCAAGAAAAGGCCACAGUAUUCAGAAACAGUGCUUAAGAUGAGAAACAAAAUAUCCCCAAGAGCAGCUGCUGCAACACCAGAAUGCUGGACAAGAGAGAAAAAAAAAAACCAAAACAACCCCCAAGAAACUAAAGAGACAGAAUGCAACCUAAUAUUAAAGUCAUCUGUAAUAGAAAAGUGGGGGGGGGGUAAGGGGUAAGGGUAAUGGUACUCUGAAAUACCAUUUUUCUAUUUUUAACCACAUUUCACUAUGCAAGAAACUUCUAAGGAAAAACAAAAGUGGAAAAUAUUUCAGUCUGACCAACUUCCCAGGCUGCAGUACCAUUCCCUACCCAAUACUGGUGUAAACACUAAAUUUUGGCAGAGAGAACUACUUGAAUGAGACUCCAUGCACCUCUAUGCCUCCACGCACCUCUAGUGCUUCCACAGAUUUUUAUCAACAGCUGAUGGUGAGAUUAGCUAAACCAAGCUGAUGCUACAAGAGACGGAAGAGUUACACCACCAGUAAAGCGUGGCAGCAGCAUUACUUUUCAGCAGUAAUGAGCCAAUAGGUCGGCUUAGCAUGAUGAGAAACUUCCCCCUAUGUUUGCCAUUGCUAUUUGUAACUAAUAAUAUUUUCCAAUUUCAAUUUCAAAGAUAAAAUGAUGCACUAGUAUACAUCAAAGUAUGUAAGUAAGCAACAGUAUAUAUCAAAGUCCUCAUGGUCAAGGUAUUGGGAAAAAAAAGCAUAUAUAUAUAUAACUAGAAACCUUGUGACUAAGUCCUUGCUUUUCAAGUCAAAAGAUUAGAUAACAAUUUCUGGUCUCUCUCAAUGAAUUUCUUUCCUCUUCUUAAUAAGGGGAAAACCAAAACCCACCUACUCCCUUGCUCUCAAAAAAUGCAACCUCUGUAGGCUUCAACCUUGAAGUACUACCUCCAUUACUUGCAAAAUCAACCAGUUUCUGUAAUGAAACAUAUUAAACCAAGCCCUCCUACUAUAUUUUCAAAACUGACCUUGACAGUCUCCAGAAAACACUACAGAAAUUUUGCAAUCUGGAUUUCUAUUCAGUGACCAGAAUCUAAGAUACCCUCUUUCCUGAGAAAAUAAUUCCUGAGAAAAUGUUUAAAACAAACAAACAAACAUUCACCAUCAAAACAUUGAGAUUUGAUUUGCCCUGCCAUAUUCUUUUCCACACAGCAGAUAAACAUUCCCUCCAUUUAACCCAUCCUCUAAUCCUGAAUUAACACAACCACGAGCAAGAAACAAUGUAUGUAACCCACAAGCUUAACCAAGAAAUGGCUAUUGCAUCACACACCAUCAUGGAAAAGUAUUUAGAAAUUGCAAUUAAAUUGCUAUUUGUAAAAAAUAAAUAAGUCAUAUGACAUUUAACAGGAUGUGGUCUCUCCUCCUGUGGUGAAAACAGAUGUAAUGAGCUUUAAUUUCAAAAUAUCAUCAGUAUCAUCAUAGCUUAAAUUCCAAGACUGUAAGAAAAUAUUUCCAAAAACACCCAGGGUAUAUACAGUUUGAUUUAGCAAUUCUCCUGAUAAAAACCAUUAUGUUAGAUGUCUGUUUCAUUUACCCCACAAUCCAAGAAGAUGAGAUCUUAAGCAGCUCUUUGUCACCUACUGCCAUUUUGGAAGCCGUACAAAGUAGCAAAAGACAAGUUUUAUACUUCACCAAAAUGGGCCUGUUGUGACAAAAUUCUGAACAUUGAUUCAGUCUGCACAAUUUAUGUGUUUAAUUGUUAUAGUUCAGCUAAUAGGAGCUUCGCUGAUGAAUUCAUUCAAGGAAAAAAAAAACACACAGCCACUGUUUUAUAUCUAGGAGACACCGAACAGUUACUUGGUACCAGUUGUGUCUACACCAGGAAUUUAUAGCAAAAUUAAAAACCUGUUACCAUUUCCUGAUCACCUUAAUUUUGCCUCACAACUGGCCAGGCCUCAAAAAGUUUAUGGAGCACACAUAUAGGUUUCUUUGUAGAUUAAAUUAUUAAGAGCAAAAUUAUACUGAAAGCCAGAUUUUUUUUUUUCCCUUUAGUGAUGACACUAAACUGACCAUCCUUUUUCUACCCUGCUAAGCAGGAGAUCCACAGUCCAUACAUCAAGACCAAGAAAA